AUGUCUAGAGAUAGCAUGACUGCGGUGCGGGGAGCCCAGUCACACAAUGCCAGCCCCACAUCUCAGAAGGAGAAUGGGACCACCUCACCGAACCCCGUCCCAACCAGCUCCAACUUCCCUGAGCCAUCAGCCAGGGACAUACCGGGACUCAGCCACAUGUCUUCAGCCAGCGACAUCUCACAGUCCUGGGUUCAAUUCGUCAAGACAUUUGUUUUGAUCUUUCCCAUUUACGCUUUGGGCUACUUUGAGUUUAGCUUCAGCUGGCUGCUGAUUGGACUUGUUAUAUUUUUCUGGUGGAGAAGAAACAUUGGGGGGAAAUACAGCAGAUUGUACCAUGCACUGUCUUUCUUUGAGCAAGAGGAGAGUGGUCCAAAGAGCCUUACAACGUUAGACCUGCCAUCAUGGGUCCACUUCCCAGAUGUGGAGCGAGUGGAAUGGAUCAACAAGACUGUCAAGCAGAUGUGGCCAUACAUCUCACAGUUUGUGGAGAAGUUGUUCCACGAGACGAUUGAGCCCGCUGUGAAGGCCUCCAACUCUCAUCUGAGCACUUUCCGCUUCAGCAAAGUGGACAUAGGGGACAAACCCCUGCGGGUCAACGGGGUCAAGGUUUACUCUGAAAAUGUGGACAAACGACAGAUCAUUAUGGAUCUACAAAUUAGCUUUGUCGGAAACACAGAGAUUGACGUGGACAUCAAACGGUACUACUGCAAAGCCGGCAUUAAAAGCAUUCAGAUCCACGGCGUGCUGAGAGUGGUGAUGGAGCCACUGCUGGGGGAUAUCCCACUUGUCGGAGCGCUGUCUUUGUUCUUCAUCAAGAAACCACUCCUGGACAUCGGCUGGACUGGCCUCACUAACAUACUGGACAUUCCUGGGCUCAAUUCCUUCUCUGAAAGCCUCAUUCAAGAUAUAAUCUAUAAUUAUCUGGUGUUGCCCAAUCGCAUCACUAUCCCACUGGUGGGAGAUGUGGAGCUGGACCAGCUACGUUUCCCGAUGCCAAAGGGAGUGCUACGGAUUCACUUCCUGGAGGCCCAAGACCUCGAAAUCAAGGACACGUUUUUUGGCGGACUGAUAAAGGGCAAGUCUGACCCUUAUGGCAUUCUGCAAGUGGGAAACCAGUUGUUCCACAGCAAAACCAUAAAGGAGACUCUGGAUCCAAAGUGGAACGAGGUCUACGAAGCGCUGGUGUACGAGCACUCGGGGCAGCACCUGGAAAUCGAGCUGUUUGAUGAAGACCCAGACAAGGAUGAUUUUCUCGGGAGCCUGAUGAUUGAUUUGACCGAGCUGUUCAAGGAGCAAAAGGUUGAUGAGUGGUUUGAUUUAGAGGAGACCCCCACAGGAAAGCUCCAUUUAAAACUGGAGUGGCUUUCUUUGCUCAACACUCCAGAGAAAUUAGACCAGGUGCUGCGAAGCGUUCGUGCAGAUUCCAGCCUGGCCAACGAUGGGCUCGCCUCAGCUCUGCUUGUGGUCUAUCUGGACUCAGCCAAAAGCUUACCUAGCGUCUUCACUGGCAGCUUAGGCUGUGGGAACUUAAGUGAGAGAAGAGCCUCUGGCCUGAUUUUUUGUGAGAGCAAUACUGCAGAGUACAGAGCAAGAUUUUCUGCGAAGAAGAGCAGCAGUGAGCCCAGCCCCUAUGUUCAAUUCACAGUAGGACACAAAACACUGGAGAGCAAGAUUCGAUACAAGACCAAGGAGCCCAUGUGGGAAGACUGCUUUUCGUUUCUUGUUCAUAAUCCGCGGCGACAGGAGUUGGAAGUGGAGGUGAAAGAUGACAAGCACAACAAGUGCACCCUGGGUAACUUGACGGUGCCUUUGAGCUGCCUGUUGGGGGAGGAGGACAUGACGCUGACUCAGUGCUUCUCUCUCAAAAACUCUGGGCCAAACUCCACCAUCAAACUAAAGAUGGCCCUCAGGAUUCUGUCAUUGGAGAAGCAGGGGUGCUCAGACCAGCCGUCUUGUGUCACAGUCAGAAAGUCCAGCAUGGCCGUGUCUUCUCUCAGCCUCCACUACCGGGACGGGGAGCCUUACUCUGCCAGUCCUCUGCGAAGUACCUCCAACCUCAGCUGCUGCAUUUCCAGCUCCCAGAAGCACCUUCCACAUAAGGAGUCCACACCGAGCCUGGCCUCGGAUGUCUCUCUACCCUUCGCUACACUUGAGCUCCAGCAGAGACUCCGUCAUCUACAGAAUGGCUCGGCCCCUGGCCAGUGUCCCCUGGGUGAAGUCCAGCUGACUGUUCGACACAGCUCUCAGAGGAAUAAACUCAUUGUGGUGGUGCACUCCUGUCGAAAUGUAAUUGCCUUCACCAAAGACGGCUCCAAUCCUUUUGUUCGUCUGUAUUUGCUGCCGGAUAAAAGCCGGACGGGUAGAAGGAAGACUGGCACUGUGAAGAGAACUGUGAAUCCUGUUUUUGAUCAAACGUUUGAGUUUAGCGUGUCUAUGGUGGAGCUACACAGAAGGACACUGGACGUAGCUGUAAAGAACGGUGGAAGCCUACUCUCGAAACACAGAGGGCUUUUAGGCAAGGCACUUGUUGAUCUGAGCGGUGAAGACAUAUCUAAAGGAUGGACAAAUUGGUAUGAACUAAUGGACUAUUUCCCGAUUCAAAGAAAGAGCACAGUUUGGUUGAUCAUGUCGAAGCGAGAGGCGUUUUUAGCAGCUGCUUGUGUGGAAAACGCAGAGGACUUUCUGCGCUUUAUCCAGCUCCAUAAUGAUAAAACGGAGCCCUUUGACGUUGAGGAGGUGGUGCAGGAGCUGCCCCGGGACCAGAGGCUCUCUCUGUGGAGCAGACUGUCUGCACUUCUGCAACAUGUCCUGUCCACAGUGCCCCCUGAGCUCUGGCACCAGCAGAAGGCACAAGAGGAGGAGAACAUGGAAGUGGACACGUCUAUAGAUCCUACACAUGUCAUGGCGGUUGUGGAAGGAGUGACACUUGUAGCUACACAGUCUGUGAAAGCCCUUCAGGAUGGGGAUGCAUACACUGCCCUCUUGGGAAUUGCCAAUAGGCUCCAUGAUGUGCUGAUCCUGCUGCCCAUUUUAGAAGCACCACUGCUGUCUGCUUUACAGGUUCUGUGUGAGCUCUGGUGGAAAAAAGGAUUGAAAGAUAAAGACAAAUUUGGCCGCACAGCUUUGUACGUGUCCCUGCAAAAGUGCUUUGUUCUGAAAAGGCCGAGUGUUGAAAUCCAGCGGUUAUGGAGUCUUCAUGAAGUACUUCUGACUAUCGACUGUGCGUCCGAUGAGAACCAGGCCAUAUCAGACUUGCUACUUCAGUGCUUUGUUCGACCGGACAUCAUAAAGAAUGAUGAUGGGAAGAGACUGUUGGUGUUUCUUUUUAGCUGGACUCUCAACUUAAUCGGUCUCAUUCACAGCACCAUCAAGAACCAGCUGGAGUUUUUUAACAAGAAAACUCUGGCUCACAUCACAGAGAUCUACUUCAGAGCUUGGAGGAAAGCCAGUGGGGACUUUCAGAAGGAGAUUGAAAGCGUUUGCGUUCAGGACUUAAUGCAGAACGCCAUAUUACUGCAUCGCACCUCUCCUGUGUACAGCAAAGUCAGACAGAUUGUAAGUUACUUCCAUUUGAGAAACGGCAUUCAGCAGGUGGGAAAGAUGCUCUUCAAUCUGUACAAGCCCAUUCUCUGGAAGGCACUGAAUGCACCAAACUGUGAGGUCAGAGCAAAUGCCACUCUGAUCUUCACUGAGGCCUUUCCCAUUCACGAUCCAGACGAUGCGAAAACUCUUGAUGCAGCUGUGCAAAAGCAGAUUGAUACAGCCAUGACUCUCCUCGAGGACCCUCAUCCACUUGUGCGCUCCAAUGCAAUCUUAGGAGUGUGUAAGAUUCUGGGCAGAUGUUGGGAGCUGUUCCCUCCCAUCAUAAUCACAGACUUCCUGAAGAAGAUGCUGGAACUGGCCACUGACACCAGUUCAGCCGAUGUCCGCUGUUCAGUCUUUAAGUGCAUGACCAUUGUCCUGGACAAUGCUCUGAGUCAUCCUGUGUUAGAAAAACUCCUGCCUAAUAUGAAGAACAGUCUUCAUGACACCUCUGAAAAAGUCCGCACUGCGUUUGUGGACAUGUUGAUCAAAGUGAAGGCAGUGCGUGCAGCCAAGUUUUGGGAUGUGUGCCAUAUGGACCACCUGCUGGCACGCCUGGCAACUGACACCCUGUGUGUGUCUAAGCGUAUUGUCAAUCUGCUCUUUAAGUCCUUCUUCCCUGUGAACGAGUCUGACAAAGAGUGGUGCUGUCGCUGCAUCACUCUCAUCCAGAUGAACCCAAUGGCAGCUCGCAGGUUUUACCAGUACGCCAUCAAACAUACAGCUCCCACCAACUUAGUUAAACUGAUGCUGGCCAUUCGCCGUGUCCUGAAUAACUAUGUUAAGGCUGACGAUGACGUCUCUCAAAUUAAUGACGGCAACAAAGAGAACAGCAAUAUUGACCGUGAAGUUCCGGAUAAAGACAUGGGUGUUGUGUCGAGCCUGCUGGAGAUUGUGGUCAUUCUUUGGAAGAGUGUUGAGAAAACUCUGAAGCAAAAUGAAGAGGCCCUGAAAUUCACGUGUGCCAAGUUUGGCAGUGUCAUGGGAAAGUACUUUAGUUCUUUUGAGGAUGCACGCUGCACUGCUCCACUCGUCCAACUGGCCUCAUUUAUGCCUCCAGUUGCUGUCCCAACAUUCAGCUGUGGAGUCCUGUCAAAGCUGAGGAGGAUGGAGACCGGAGCAGUGCCAAAGUAUUACACCCAGCUGUUGGACUGUCUGUGUAGCUGGGGCCAGGCUGCAGAGAUAGUGGAACUUAUUAGUGACUGGCUUUCAGAGCCACUUCCCAACAAAGUGGAUAAAGCUGGUCCAUGUAGAAAGGUUCGUAUUCAGGAAACUGUGGAGGCCAAGCCGGAGCUCGCUCUGGCCUAUCUGGACUACCUUCUCACCCACAAUCAGACCCGAGAAAAGGUCCUGGGACUCAGCCAUGGAGUACUGCAACGGCUUCAUUCGCUUUUAGGAGACUGGAAGCUUGUUGUGUAUUCCCACCUGAAGUCCUCAGAGGAUCCCAGUAGCGUGAGUGUGCAGACGGCGCUCAGAGCCUUCACGUUCCACGGCCGCUUCGGGGCCCAUCUGCAACAUCAGUCACAUGACCAGCAGCGAAACUUCCUUCUCUCAUUGGAAGUUGAUGCUUCCUGGAUUUCUGAGAAAGUUCUGCCGUUUAUGGUCCAACCAAACAAAGAGGGAGAUGUUUGUGAGGCGCCUCUGUCUCUGGCUCAGCAGGUCGUCGAGGGUUUCCUGUCUCUGUGUCGAGAUGUUUUACUCGUGGGUUUAUCUGACGAGACGUUCAGAGGUCAAAUCCUCCACCUGUGCUCCCUCAUCCUCCUCACAGAGACUGGCUACAGGUGCAUACCAGCAAUACUGCCCAUUCUGAAUGAGGUGGCAGGCAGCUAUGUUCCCGAGGAUAACGAGGCCCUGGACAACUCGGAACACCCAACCGUCGUCCUCCUCAGCGUGGUGGCAAACAUCUUUCAGAAAAUCAUUGAACUCUUUGCUCGCCGCCUGAGAAAGGAUCCAGAGGAGGGACAGCAGCUGUGUCAAUCAGCUGUCCCCGGCCUCUCGGACUUCCUCCAGACCGCACAGAGCUGGGACAGAGCUCCAAUGAACGGGGUCUUCUCCACUCUCGUUGCUGUCAUUGUGGUUGAGAAAAGAUAUAAGCUAAAUAAGAUUUCCCAUCCAGAAGAAGUCAUAGUUCCAGAAACAUUGGACGAUAUGCCUCCGUUACCCAGCAUCCUGCUUUCUGUUAUUCUCAAGUCACAAUCUAUAACCAGGUCGUUUCUGGAUGAAAUCAGCUCGUCCUUGGACUCAGAGACCAUGGAGAAUCUGACGGAGCUGGCCGCGGUCCUCCAUGUCCUGGCCGUCAUCAAGCACACUGGGAAGUUUAAAUCUGGUCUAAAGAGCGCAGCAGAAUGCAUCCAGAGACAGCUGGACAGACAUGCCGUUGUGGCAGUGGACAGUGGCGACAUCCAGAGAGCAAUUUAUGAAUCUUCUGUCAAGACAAUUAACAAUAUAUUAGAUUUAUAA